CACUUAGGGUUUGUUUGCUUGCUGUGCAAGCUUCUCACUGUCUCUCUUCUUCUCUCCUUGUUCAUUUUUAUUUCAUCUUCUCUUUCGUCCCCUCACCUCUUCAACUCAAAUCAAACUGCUCACGCUUCCCCUCCCCUUUCUCUCUCUAGAAUUUCAAUAGAUAGAUAGUUAUUCUUACCAAACACGCAAUAAUUUAUUGCUAUUGGGUUCGUCCAGACGACGAUGGACGGUCAGAGCCAAGUGCAACCGCAGCCGCCACCGCCACAUGGCGAAGACGACGAUGAUUCGAAGAAGGAAGAAGAGGAGUUAUUGAUCGACAAGGUUAACAAGCUCAUGGCGAAGAUCACCUCUAACCCUGACAACCCUAAACCCUCCGUUCUCCACGCCCUUGCUUCCAUUCUCGAAACGCAUGAGUCCCGGUACAUGGAAGAGAGUGGUCAUUCUUCCUCCAGUAAUGCCCGCGCCGCGCAUCUCAUUGGCCGCCUUGGGAGUGUAAUCAGAGAAAAUGAUGAUUUCUUUGAGUUGAUAUCUGCAAAGUUUCUGUUAGAGACUAGAUACUCCACUGCGGUACAAGCAGCUGCUGCCAGGCUUAUCCUCUGCUGUUCCCUGACUUGGAUUUACCCUCAUGUUUUCGAAGAAUCCGCUGUGGAGAACAUAACAAAUUGGGUGAAGGAUGACAAUCUUAUAUUUUCUGGCGAAGAGCAAAAUCAAAGAGAGGCCUCAGUUUCUGAAAUGUUGAAAACCUAUUCCACCGGGCUCCUUGCUGUGUGUUUGGUCGGAGAUGUUAAGGUAGUGGAAGAUGUAUUGACAUGUGGCUUGUCGGCUAAGCUUAUGCGUUAUCUUCGCUUACGUGUGCUGGGGGAGACAAGUGGCAGCCAGAGAGAUACUAGUCCUUUAACAGAAAGUAGGCAUUCAUCUGGGAAUACUUUAGUCAGAGGUAACGAUGAUGGCCACAGUAGGUUUCGCCAGCUCCAAGAAUUGAGUCACUUGGAUGAUGCAAGGGUGUUUGACGAAAGGUCUUUAGAUGACCUAACCCUUGAAAGGGAAAGGGGUCAAGAUAGAAACACAAGUGGACAAACUUGUCAAGAAAUUUCUUGGAUAGAUGGUGAACCACCUGAUGUGCUCAAUGAAGGUGCUGAUAUCUGCGAGGUAGAUUCUGAUGGGGAAGAUAGAUGGCACUGUAGAGAUAUACGUGAUGGAAGGAUAAAAUAUGAUGAACAGGAAGACAAUGCUAGAGAUGACUCUUCAAGGCAGCGUGCAAACCGUGGAGGGGGAAGAUCCCGAGGGAAAGGAAAGGUCAAUGAAGGGACGGUAGAAAGUGAACCAGUUUUGUCACCUCCUGGUCCUGGUAGUCGAUUAGGGCAGGGGUGCAGUGUUAGAGAUAGGAGCAUAGUAAGGAAUGCUGAUGUUCGGAGGGUUCCUGAUUCUAAGAAGACUCUUGGCAGGAUCACUUCUGAGGCGUCCAUUUUUGAAAGAACGGAUAAUGAUGACUGUUUCCAAGGGUGCCAUAUUGGAAGCAAAGAUAUUUCUGAUCUUGUGCGAAAAGCUGUGCAAGCUGCUGAUGCUGAAGCCAGAUCAGCCAAUGCACCUGAAGAAGCUGUCAGAGCAGCUGGUGAUGCUGCUGCUGACUUUGUUAAAACUGCAGCUUUAGAGGAAUAUGAAUCCACUAAUGAUGAAGAAGCAGCUGUUUUGGCUGCUUCGAGAGCUGCAUCAACUGUUAUUGAUGCUGCAUCUGCACCUGAAGUUUCUAGGAACUCUGUCUGCCUCAAUAAUGAGGCCGAAAAUGCGAGUGAAUCUUGUGAGGAUGUUGAAGAUUACUUCAUCCCAUACGUUCAAUCACUUGCAAAAUUGAGGGAAAAAUAUUGCAUACAGUGUCUUGAGUUACUUGGGCAAUAUGUAGAAGCUCUUGGCCCUGUGUUGCAUGAGAAUGGUGUUGACGUGUGUCUUGCACUGCUGCAGCAGAAUUCUAAGCAUCAGGAGGCCUCCAAGGUUGCGUUACUGUUGCCUGAUGUCAUGAAGCUAAUCUGUGUUUUGGCAGCACACAAGAAAUUUGCUGCAGAUUUUGUGGACCGUGGGGGAAUGCAAAAGCUGCUAGCUGUCCCUAGAUUGUCUCAAACUUUCUAUGGCCUUUCUUCUUGUCUAGUUACAAUUGGUUCUGUUCAGGGGUUAAUGGAACAGGUUUGUGCGCUUCCAUCGAAUCUUGUUUAUCAUGUGGUUGAGUUGGCUCUCCAACUCCUCGAGUGCAAUCUUGAUCAAGCUCGACAGAAAGCCGCACAAUUCUUUGCUGCUGCAUUUGUUUUCAGGGCAGUUAUCGAUGUUUUUGAUUCUCAGGAUGGCUUACAGAAAUUGCUGGGCCUUUUAAAUGAUGUUGCUUCAGUAAGAUCAGGAGUAACUUCUGGAGCCUUGGGUUUAUCUAACUUAGGAUCACUUCGAAAUGAUCGAUCAUCUGCAGAAGCGCUGACAUCAUCUGAGAAGCUUGUAGCCUAUGAAACUUGUGUUGCUUUGCAGAAAUAUUUUAGAGCCCAUCUCCUUUUAUUAGUGGAUUCCAUUCGUCCCGACAAAAGCAAUCGUAGUGCUGUUAUAAAUAUUCGAAGUAUAACGGCAGCUUACAAACCAUUACUCAUUAGCAAUGAGGCAAUCAAUGCAGUAUUCCAACAAUUACAGAAAGAUAGGAAGCUAGGUCCUGCAUUUGUGAGGAAAAAUUGGCCAGCUGUUGAGAAGUUCUUGGAUUGUAAUGGGCAUACUACCAUGUUGGAAUUGUGUCAGGCCCCACCUCAGGAGCGAUAUCUGCAUGAUUUGGUUGAGUAUGCAUUGGAUAUUCUGCACAUUGUUACAUUGGUAACUCGCAGUCGUAAGAUGAUUGUUAAUACAACAUUAAGCAAUAACCGUGCUGGGAUAGCUGUAAUAUUGGAAGCAGCAAAUAUUGCUUGUGAUCACGUGGACCCUGAGAUAAUUCAACCGGCAUUGAAUGUUUUAGUCAACCUUGUUUGCCCACCUCCUUCAAUCACCAAUAAACCAUCUCCAGUUAUGCAAGGUCAGCAGUUUGUGUCUUCCCAAACCUCAAAUGGUCCUCCCUCGGAGACUCGAGAUAGAAAUGCUGAACCUAAUACGAUUAUGAUUGAUCGAGCUGUUCAUGUCAGCAGCCAUAUUGAUCCUAGGGAAAGGAAUGGGGAGUCCAGUGCUGUAGACCGAAGCAGUGUUGUAGCACUUAGUGCACAAUCUGUUAAUAAUACUCCACAGACGCCUGGUCCUGCUGCAAGUUCAGGUUUGGUUGGCGACCGAAGAAUAUCUCUGGGUGCAGGAGCGGGUUCUGCUGGCCUUGCUGCGCGGCUGGAACAUGGAUAUCGUCAAGCAAGAGAGGCUGUCCGCUCUAAUAAUGGUAUAAAGGUUCUUCUGCACUUCCUCCAACCACGCAUAUAUUUAUCUCCUGCUUCUGUGGACUGCCUUCGUGUUCUAGCUUGUCGAGUCCUGCUUGGAUUAGCCAGAGAUGAUACUAUUGCACACAUAUUGACAAAGCUUCAGGUUGGGAAAAUGCUAUCAGUUCUGAUUCAGAAUUCAGGUAGUUCGACCCUUGGAACCGAGCAGGGUAGGUGGCAAGCUGAACUUUCCCAGGCUGCAAUUGAGCUAAUUGGGAUUGUGACUAAUUUAGGGCGUGCAAGUACAUUAGCUGCUACUGAUGCAGCUAUUCCUUUGUUGAGGCGCAUAGAAAGAGAAGCUAUAGCUGCUGCUACUCCUAUUGCAUUCCAUCCAAGGGAUCUUUUGCAACUGAUUCAUGAACACCUACAAAAAAAGGGAUUAUCACAAACUGCUUCUACACUGCUUGAAGAGUCUUCCCUCGCACAGGAAGCUUCUUCAACACCAAUUCAGUGGCCCUCUGAUCGUACUCCUUCUGGAUUUCUCACUAACAAAUUAAAGUUCAAUGCAAAGGAUGAGUAUUGCAGCUUGAAAAGUGAUGCUAUCUCUGCAAAGAAAAAUUCACUGACUUUCUCAGCAUCUUUUGGUUCACAUUCAAAACACCAACCUGUUGACUCUCAGUACGCAUCAGUCAGAAAAUUGUUGAGUACUGGGAAAGAGCCUUCAGAAACUAGUAUAGUGGAGACUCUGUCUGAAUCUUCUGUCAGACAUAACAUUGAUGCUGGAUCUCAGGAUAAGACUCCAAUCAUCUUGCCAUCAAAACGGAAGUUAUCUGAUUUGAAGGAUAUACCAAUGUUUUCAUCAUCUGGAAAGCGACUAAAUGUUGGGGAUCAAGGGCUUCGCUCUCCUGGUUGUUCAAGUGCUGUUCGUAAAAGCAGUCUGCAGACUGAUGCUGUUGGGACACCAACUUGUAACCUGAGAAGUCAACAAGGCCGUUGUACAGCUGACCAUGUGGAUGAUAAUCAUAACAGUAUCUCAACUCCUGGUCAGAUGACCCCAUCCUCCCAAAUAUUCAAUGACCUUCAGCCAAACAACUCUGAGCGCGUAACAUUAGAGAUUCUAGUGGUUCAGUAUCUGAAGCAUCAGCAUCGCCAAUGCCCAGCUCCCAUUACCACUCUUCCUCCUCUAUCUCUUCUACACCCACAUGUUUGUCCUGUACCUAAGCGAAGCCUUGAGGCCCCUUCUAAUGUGUCAGCUCGGCUUGGUACUCGGGAAUUUAAUUUUAGGUAUGGUGGAGGGCAUGGGAAUCGCAGGGAUCGUCAAUUUGUUUUCAGCCGGUUUAGGCCGUGGCGCACUUGUCGGGACGAUGCUGGUGCCUUAUUAACAUGCAUCACAUUUGUGGGAGACUCUUCCCAUAUUGCUGCUGGGAGCCAUAAUGGAGAGCUAAAAUUUUUUGACCUCAACAACAACAAUGUCGUGGAAAGCUUUACAGGCCACCAGUCUCCUUUGACCGUUGUUCAGUCGUUUGUUUCUGAUGAGGCCCAGUUGUUGCUUUCUUCAACCUCUCAAGAUGUUAAGCUGUGGGAUGCAACGUCAAUUUUAGCUGGUCCUAGUCAUUCAUUUGAAGGGUGCAAGGCUGCCAGGUUUAGCAAUUCCGGAAAUGUUUUUGCGGCCUUGUCAUCAGAAUCUGGGCGACGAGAAAUCUGCUUGUAUGAUAUCCAAACAUGUCACCUAAAGUCGAGUUUCUCAGAUACGUAUCCAACUUCCACAGGGAAGGGUCAUGUUUAUCCUUUAAUCCACUUCAGCCCUUCAGAUUCGAUGCUGCUUUGGAAUGGUGUGUUAUGGGAUUGCCGGGCCUCUGGGCCUGUUCAUCGCUUUGAUAAGUUCACAGACUAUGGGGGCGGAGGCUUUCAUCCUGCUGGCAAUGAGGUUAUUAUCAACUCUGAAGUCUGGGAUCUGCGCAAGUUUAGACUUCUACACAUCGUGCCUUCCUUAGAUCAAACAUCAAUAACAUUCAAUGCUCGUGGUGAUGUAAUAUAUGCAAUCUUAAGGAGAAAUCUUGAGGAUGUAACGUCAGCAGUCCACACACGCCGUGUCAAGCAUCCUCUAUUUGCAGCUUUCCGCACAGUGGAUGCAAUCAAUUAUUCUGACAUUGCUACUACCCUUGUUGAUCGUUGUGUUCUUGAUUUUGCAACUGAGCCAACAGAUUCAUUUGCUGGGCUGAUAACUUUGGAUGAUCAAGGUGAGAUGUAUGCAUCAGCCAGGGUAUAUGAAAUUGGUCGACGGAGGCCAACGGAUGAUGAUUCUGAUCCUGAUGAUGCUGAAAGCGAGAGCGAGGACGAGGAAGAUGAUGAUGAUGGUGAUGAAGAUGAAGAUCCUCUUUUAGGCCCUGGUUUUGGCAGAGAGAGCGAUGGUGAUGACAUGAGCAAUGAUGACGAUGAUAGUGCAAGUGACAUUGAUGAUGAAGAUGCAGAUUUUAUUUUGGAUGAUUUAGACUAUGACGGAGGAACAGGCUUAUUAGAGAUUGUGGGAGAAGGUGAUGAGGAUGAUGAUGAUAGUCAAGAACUUGAAUCUGUAAGUAGUGACGAUGAGGAAUUUGAGGAUAAUGACUUCGGCUUUUAAUUUGAGGGACUGUAAUUACUUUUUCUUUCCUCGAUUCUUGAUUAUUUAUCUACCUUUCAAUAAAACUGAGAAGAUCUACUUCGUACCA